GAUUUCCUUUGUGUCUUUCCCCACAGAAAAUCGAGAAAAUAUACUGAGUUCCAAAAGCAACAGGCUGACAGAAGCUUUGGAAGAGGCCAAUAGACUUUUUGAUGGAGUUUGCCGUGCACGAGAAGCUGCACUGGAUGCCCAGUUUCUUGUUAUAGCAUCCAAUAUAGGAAAGGAGAAAGCCAAUGAGUUACACUCUGAGAUGUCAGCAUUUGAUUCAACAGCAUUUGCAGAAGACUUGCUUACUUUCAUGGGUAUAAAUCGCACAGAAGUACAAGAAACUGAUGACUCUGAGGAUGUUACAGGUGGUUUUUUACCUAGUGAUGCCUGGCAGACAAUGGGAGAAGAAGCACCCAAGUACUUCAGAAGAGCACCUACUUUUCACUACAUGAUGGGAUCUUUCAAGUCUGAAUCUCCUGUACCAAAGCAACGGAUUGAGAGGCAGAAGAAAGCUAGCAGAGGAAAAGCAGAAAGGGCAAUGCCUGCUCAGUUAAAAAAAAUGGAGGAGUCUCAUCAAGAAGCGACAGAAAAAGAAGUAGAGAGGAUUUUGAGAAUACUGCAGACUCAUUUUGAAAGUGAUCCUGAUACACCCAUUUACUUCUUUGAUUUUGUGAUUGAUCCGAACUCGUUUGCACGCACUGUGGAAAACAUGUUCCAUGUGUCCUUCCUUAUUAGGGAUGGUCUUGCAAAAAUAAAGCUGGAUGAAGAUGAAUUGCCAGUAAUAGAGCCUAUAAAACUCUGCCGGGGAGAGGAGGAGGACAGCAGAGCUGGAGCACGGAACCAGGUCAUCCUAAGUCUGGACCAGAAGGAAUGGAAGGAGAUUAUAGAAAUAUUUCAGAUAAAAGAAGCCAUGAUUACCCCUCUUUCUCAGAGCACUGAAGAGGACAUGGACACAGAGUAGCUAUUCAGGUGCCUUAAAGAAAAUACUUCAAAACAUUUGUUUCAACAACUGCUUUAUAUGUAUAUGUUGUAAAAUUAAAUUUAUUUUUUCUGGAACAUC